AUGCCUAAAUCGAACUUUUUUUUACGAAUUGAUAUCAUUGAGGGCAAAAAUUUGGCUUCAAAAGAUACAAAUGGUUAUUCUGACCCAUAUGUUACAUUGUAUAUUGAAGAUUCUACUUAUCAUACACAAGUUGUCAAUAAGGAAUUAAAUCCACGUUGGAAUGCGACUUUUGAACACAGAAUUAACCAAGAUAAACCACCAGAAGCAAUUUAUUUUACAUGUUGGGAUAAAGAUGUAUUUGGUAAAGAUUAUAUGGGUGAAUUUGAUAUUCUUUUAAAAGAGUUAUGGGGUAAUGGUAUUGUUGGAUAUAAUCAUGAGUUGAAUAAGCCUCACCCAUAUCCAUUAAUCUCUAAACGGAAAGGUGAAGUUGUUUCUGGUGAAAUUAUUGUGAAAAUUGGUAUUGUUGAUAAAUCAACUGAGCCACUUAACCCUGAUGAGUUGUUGACACUUUGGCGACAUAUGUCAAAAUUAAAUAUUCAGGAUGAUGUUGAUUCAAAUAAAAAAAAGGAUACGAAUAAAGUCGAUACAAAAUCACAAACACACGUAAGAAAACCUAGUGUUUCACUUACCGAUAUCCAUGGUUGGGUAUUUAUUGAAAUUGUUGGUGCUAAGAAUUUACCUGCAGCAAAAAAUGUGACUAAAACCGGUUUUGAUAUGGACCCUUUUGUUGUUAUAUCAUUUUCAAAGAAUACAUUCAGAACUAAAGUGAUUAGUCAUAAUUUGAAUCCAGUUUGGAAUGAAAAGUUUUAUUUUCCUGUGAAACAUAGUGAGGUUACUUACAAGAUCAAGUUUACUGUUAAUGAUUGGGAUAAAUUUAGUGGUAAUGAUUUAGUUGCAACACAAACUUACGAGAUAGCAAAAGUUAUUCCAAACGCUCCUUUUAAAUUUAACGGAGUUGAGGAUCUUGAAAGUGGAAUGAAACAAGAAGAAAUUGAUUUGGAUGUUAAAUUGCAUUUGGAUAAAGAGUAUUCUUCUAAGCUUGAUUUUAAAAUUAAUUAUAUACCAUACGAACAAAUUAAAAAACAAUUUUGGUAUUCACUAGCAAAAAUUUAUGAUUCUAAUGAGAAUAAUCUUUUGAAUUAUGUUGAGAUUGAAACUAUGCUUAAUAGUUUAGGAUCUUCUUUGACAGAUAAAACUAUUACAAGUUUUUUUACCCGUUUCAACAAAGUUCCCGCCAAAGAUGAGUUAACAUUUGACGAGAUUGUUAAAUGUCUAGAAGAAAGAUUACGGGAUACAACCAUUUCACAUAUUAGUGCUACUUCAGAUGGAGAAGAAGCAGAAAAUGAACAUAUGAUAUAUCUAAAGGAAUGUCCUAUUUGUCAUAAACCAAACCUUUCUCGACUUACUGAAGCAGAAAUUAUUACUCACGUUUCAAUUUGUGCUAGUAAUGAUUGGGGAAACUUGGAUAAAUUUGUUACUGGAGAUUUUGUAACUGAAUCGCAAGCGCAAAGGAAAUGGUUGUCCAAAGUCAUUUCUAAAAUAGGAUAUGGUAAUUAUAAGAUUGGUGCUAAUAAUGCUAAUAUUAUUGUUCAAGAUCGCCAAACUGGUCAAUUGGUCGAAGAAAAAAUGCCGACGUAUAUUCGAUUAGGUAUUCGAUUAUUGUAUAGAGGCAUUAAAAAUGUUGAUUCUAAAAGAACCAAAACCCUUCUUGAAAAUCUUUCAGUUAAACAAGGCAAAAAAUAUGAUCAUCCCGCAUCUGUUAAAGACAUAAAUGGAUUUAUUGAAUUUCAUAAUCUUAGCAGAGAUGAAAUUCUUGAUCCCAUCGAAUCAUUUAAAAAUUUCAAUGAAUUUUUUUAUCGCAAGUUGAAACCUGAAGCUAGAAAAUUGGAUUUCCCUAAUGAUCCUAGUAUUUUAGUUAGCCCGGCUGAUUGUCGUAUGAUGGCUUUCCCAACAAUCGAUGAAUCAAUCGAAUUAUGGAUUAAAGGUCAACAAUUUUCUAUUCAAAGGUUGUUAGGCGAUGAAAGUGCUGCCAAGGAAUUUGAAGGUGGUAGCUUGGGGAUUUUUAGAUUGGCUCCUCAAGAUUAUCACAGGUUUCAUUUUCCAGUAGAUGGUCGUAUUGGUGAAAAUAAACCUAUUGCUGGUGACUACUAUACUGUUAAUCCUAUGGCUAUUCGUUCAGAACUUGAUGUAUAUGGAGAAAACAAACGCUCUAUAACUUAUAUAGAUUCACCGAAAUUUGGCAAAGUAGCUUUUGUAGCUGUAGGUGCAAUGAUGGUGGGAUCUAUUGUUUAUACAAGUAAACCAUUUUCAGAUGUUAAGAGAUUAGAUGAACAUGGAUAUUUUGCUUUUGGUGGCAGUACAAUUAUUCUCCUCUUCCAAAAAGGUAAAACGGUAUUUGAUGAUGACAUAUUAGCAAAUUCAAAACAAUGUUUGGAAACUUUGGUUCGAGUUGGGACGCAUGUAGGAAGAAACCCAAGUCGUCAUUAA